AUGACGUUAGGCUCAGUUAAUGAAGCUUCAAUGUCCAUUUAUCCUAGUUGUCCACUUCGUAUUAUAAACAACUCUAAGUUACUUGCUAAGCAAGAGUUGUAUGAGUUAGGCAAGAACAAUAACUUCACUUUAACAUUUGCCAACGCUAAUAAUCAACAGUUCAGCAUAUUCUAUUUUCAAAACAAAGAUGUUAUAUUACCUUCUGACAGAGGAAAGUCAUGUUUCUUUCAAGGAAUGCAUGAUAAUCAAUUGAGCGCAUUGAAUGUAUGUGAGAACGAUGCUAUUUCUGGGCUGAUACCAACAAAGACCAACAUAUUCGAGUUAAAGGAAGAAGACGGCAAUUUCCUUUUAACGCCAAAAAUAAAGAAUGAAUGCCAUUUUUCAUCGAGGAAUAAGAGGAGCAACACUGCCAAAUCACCUGAAUAUUAUAGUAAAUUGGAAGAUGAAAAGACAAGAUAUCUGGAACUUGCCUUGUUUCUGGAUAACUCAAUGUAUGUUAAAUAUGAUAAAGAUGAAGAAAAGGCGGUAUUACGAGCUCAGGCAGUUACUAAUAUUGUUAAUUCGUUAUAUUUUCCAUUUAAAGUACGAGUUUCACUAGUCUAUGUUGAAGUAUGGAAAGAUAAAGAUAUAUUCGAUGUUGCUACAGCUGCUGAGAAAACAUUGGAUAAGUUCCUUGAGUACCGUCGUCAAAUAAUAAGAGCACAUCCACAUGACAAUGCUCAUCUUCUAACAAAUAUUCGCUUUGAAGAAGGUGUGUUAGGUAAAGCAUAUAAAGGAACUAUGUGUUCUUUUGAUUAUUCCGGUGGAGUGGAUGUGGAUCAUUCACCGAAUGCUGCUGCUGUUGCUGCUACAUUAGCUCAUGAAAUUGGUCACAAUUUUGGAAUGGAUCACGAUAUCAUGGACGGCUCUUCUUGCUCUUGUCCUGGUCCCCAAUGCCUCAUGGCUCCUUCUUUAGGUCAAGUUCUUCCGUCUUUCUGGUCUGAAUGUAGUGUUGACAGUAUUGUGAACAGUUUUGAAAGGGGUAUCGAUGUAUGCUUGGAGAAUGUUCCGGAAAAAACGCUAACUAAGGCUGUUUGUGGUAAUGGAGUAGUGGAAGGUCAAGAG